AUGCAAUCCAAAUCAGCCUUAGAUUAUGAAGGGAGGGUGUUUAGAUGCUUUGUCGUUUAUGAUUGCAAUAAGCAAUAAGUGUUAAUUUCUAUUAAACGUCACUGUGGCAACCUAUUUACAGAAACCAUAUUGAAAGUUAAAGAAUAUGUUAAAUAAAAUCUCUACGAUUCCCAACGCAAUUAAGUAAACAUUCCUGGUGGAUCGAGAUGUGAAUGGCAUGGAAUAUUAGACGAAAAGACAAACUGUUAUUUUUUAAUGAUGACUUUCCCUGGAUCACAUCAAAGUGCCAUUCUGCAAUCCUUACUCGAAUUAUAACAAAUCGUCCUCUAUGUGCCCAACUACUAGAAUUUGAAUGAAUCCAAUUUUCCACCUACAAAAAAAAAUGAUCUCCUGGCCAAGUUAGAUGAACUGGAACAACAAUAUGUGAAAGACAUCGGACCAGAAGGACAACCAGAUGAAACUGAAAAGGGAAUCCAAUAAGAAUAAUAGAGGUCAACUAGCAAUUAGUUCCUCGUAAGCACUCCUUAGUAUUUACUAUUAUUAAAAUCUUUAGAAUUAAUUCAAUUAGACAACCUGCAUAAUAAUCCAAGAUUUAGGAUCUACAGAUGCUUUAUGAUAUACAAUGUAGUUGGCAACAAGACACUUUUCUGUUUAAAAAGAGGAACCUCAAAAUCCUUUGAUGAUACCAAAGGAUCUAUUAUAAAUUAAUUAAAGAAACAAUUGUAAGAAACUACCAAAUUUGAAGUAUUUGCUUAAGGAAAUUAAAGAUGCGAAUGGCAUGGAAUAUUAGAUGAAAAAAAAUGUAAAAUGUAAUUAAUAUUCAAAGCAUGCUACUUUCUGAUGAUGACUUUUCCAUCAACAACAAAGAAGAAUGUUAUAGAGGCUUUGGAAGAUUUGAAAAAGACCUUUAUUUAAAUUCCAAAUUAUGACGCCAUUCAACCAAAUGACUUGGAGAGAAGAGUUAAAUAAGAUGUCUAAAAGCAAAUUGAUAACCUCGAGAUAAAAUACUUCAACUUAAAUGGUAAUGAAGGAGUGGCUAGUGACAAUGAGUAAUCUGAAAUCAGAAGGGACUUCAUAACAUCCAAUCAAAUCACAUAAACAACUAAAUUGAACCCUCCGAGUGCAAUUAAGGAAAGUGAUAGCUACAAUCCACCAGAAAUACAAGAGAGCGGUAAGAACUUGUAUGACACACUUGAAAUCAAUGCAAAAAAAGAACUAGAAGAACUAGCAAAAUUUAAGCCAAUGCUCUAAGAUGCCCAAACAUAUAUUUAUGUUGGAAUAGGAAUCACGUUUACUCUGUUCCUAACAUUGAUAAUAAUCAUAGCUUGA